AUGGUCCGCACCGGGGACGGCGCGUACGCCGCCAAGGCCAAGAAGGUCGUCGUCCUCUGGGACCUCGACAACAAGCCGCCGCGCGGCCCUCCAUACGAGGCGGCGGUCGCCCUCCGAUCGGUGGCGCAGAGGUUCGGCGACGUCGUCGACGUGUCCGCCUACGCCAACCACCACGCCUUCUCCCACCUCCCCCAGUGGGUCGUCGAGGAGCGCCGCGAGCGCCGCCGCCUUGACGUCCUCGAGCGGCGAGGAGCCGUCAGCGACGACACAUACGCCUGCUCCGUCUGCGGCCGGAAGUUCAAGACCAACCUGGAACUGAAGAAGCACUUCAAGCAGCUGCAUCUGAGGGAGAGGCAGAAGAAGCUGAACCGGAUGCGGAGCCUGAAGGGCAAAAAACGGCAGCGUUUCAAGGAAAAGUUCAUAGACGGCAAUGAGAAGUACAACGAGGCCGCCCGGAGCCUACUGACACCAAAAGUCGGGUACAGGCUGGCUCAGGAGCUGAGGAGAGCUGGCGUGCACGUUAGAACGGUGCAGGACAAGCCGCAGGCUGCGGACUGGGCCCUGAAGAGGCAGAUGGCCCACUCGAUGAGCCGGGGGGUCGACUGGAUUGUGCUUGUCUCGGACGACUCGGAUUUUUCGGAGAUGCUGAGGAAAGCGAGAGAGGCGAGUCUUGGGACGGUAGUGAUUGGGGACAGGGAUAGGGCCCUGGGGAGGCACGCGGACGUGUGGGUCCCGUGGGUUAGGGUGGAGAAUGGGGAGAUUGAAGAGACUGAUUUGGAGUUGAGGAGGGAAGGGUGGAGUUUUUCAGUUGUUGGGGAUGUGGAAUUUGUGGAGGAGGAGGAGGAGGAUGAUGAGGAUAGUGAGGUUGAGGAAUUUGAACAAGAAAAUUAUUUCUUUCUCUGA